AUGAAGGUAGAGUAUCACAAUUCUUACAACCUUCUAACUACCAACACCACAGCUUCAUCAGCUUUACCUGAACUAAAAAUGAACAAGAUCUUUGCCGUCGUUCUCUGUUUGUCUUUCGCCUCAAUGACCUUAGCUGGUAACCCCUUGAUGAUGGGUGGUUUAGGUAUGAUGAACCCCUACAUGAUGGGUAUGAUGAACCCUUACAUGAUGGGUAUGAUGAACCCCUAUGAUGGGUAUGCAAUGAUGGGUAUGGGAGGUUUAGGUAUGAUGGGAAUGAUGAACCCCUACAUGAUGGGAUAUGGUGGACUCGGUAUGCUCGGCGGUUACGGUAUGAUGGGCGGUCUUGGUAUGAUGGGUAAAAAAUAAGGUUCGUUUUAUCCAUUGUUUCUCUGUCAUCUUGCAUUCUGACUAUUUUCUGUAUCAUUUCAAUUUUAAAAGUUUAAUACGUCCCCAUAUAAUGUUAUAUUCAUAUUAAAACUCACAAAAAUCUAAACAUUUACCUAAGAUAACUAACUGAUUGUUUGGGAGUAAACUCGACUUGACAUUGAAUCUGUAAUUAUUAAAAUACUUGUUUGAAUUUUUUCAGGUGUUCCUUGAUAUCAUACACACAGAGAGUUCUAUUUUUAUAUUCAAAUUAGUACAUUAUAUUUAUUUAUAAUAAAUCAUGUUAAAAC